AUGGAGGAAGUUUCUCUGUGGCUGGGAGUUUCUCCGUGGCAUGGCACUAACAGGUUCAAGUAUUGGCAACCAGACAGAAAAUUGGCACUGCUUGAAUCUCGGACAGAUGUUACCGCGGGUCCCGAACAUAAUUUGGCCCGACGAUUUAUUAGAAGUCAAGUGGAAGUGAGCGUGCACGCCGACCGUGAAGCCUGGUGGACACAGAAGGCUAAGGAAAUGGGAGACCCAGAAAGGUCGAAUCCCCCCUUCUUUGAUAACCUCGAGUUCUGUGUAUCCGAAGCAAACACGCUCCAAAUGAAUAUCGAAUCGGCGGCAGACUGA